AUGGCAAUGAUGCCCUUGACAUCUGAGACCUGGUGGAACUUCAUGCAGACGCACCACGCCUUUUUGGGCAUCCUGUAUUUCAACAAAGUCGACGAGGGGAAAGACUUCUCCUUGCUUGAGCGCCGUCUCUUCCUUGGGAUGGCCAUCUUCGCUGCCUGGUUCGGCGUGUACCUGAAGUACUUCUAUCUCCGACGGUGGAUCCCGAUGUUUUUUGAUGAGGUGCUGGACGACCUGCACCUCUUCCCUGGCGACUGGCUCGAGGACCACCUCGAUUCCGCCGUCUGCUCGGCGCUGGGCGGCGCCGUCGACUUGCUGUUGGGUAAGGAAAUCGUGCGCAGCGUGCUGAAAAAGGACUGGGAGACCAAGGGGGGAGUCAGAGGCUUCGCCUCGUCCCUGGCGACUGCGUACGCGGCGCUCCUGGUCGUGGGCGGCGUUGCCCACAUCUUCUACGUCAUGGUCUUGAAGCCGAAGCUGCAGUUCAAGCUCCUCUUGAAGUGGGUGAUCACCGUGGUGCUGAAGCUGUCGGUCGUGGAGACUGGCAUCCUCACGGUCAAGGCCUUGGCGGCAUCAAGAGGAGCCGCCAAAGAUGAAGCGAAGAAGACAUGA